AUGGCACAUCAAAGACAUGUAAUCCCCAUAGGCUCUGAGAAUGGAGACAUUGAGAAAGUUUCUGCUGCUGUUGAUGCUGUUGGCCAGUAUACCUUGGCUGCUCUCCAGUCUUUCAUCAGUGGAUGGCAGGACUUCCCAUCAAACUGGAAAGCAUCAAAUGAUCCAUGUGGUACACCAUGGGACGGGGUUAUGUGCGACAAGGGGCGGGUGACGUCACUGGAUCUCUCCUACAACAUUGGAAUUGGUGGCUCACUGCCUGAUGCUAUCGGGAAUCUCAAGAAGCUUAAAACACUGAUCUUGGCUGGCUGCAGCUUCACAGGAGGCAUCCAAGAGUUAGGAAACUUGCCGCAGCUCUUGUUCUUGGCGCUGAAUUCAAACAACUUCACAGGCGGAAUUCCUCCAUCGUUUGGUUUACUCUCAAACCUCUUUUGGCUAGACCUGGCAGAUAACCAGCUUUCUGGACCUAUUCCAAUUUCCUCAGGUGGUUCUCCAGGACUUGACCUACUUACACACACCAAACAUUUCCAUUUUAACAAGAAUCAGUUAAGUGGUAGUCUUGCUGGCCUCUUCAACUCUAGCAUGAUCCUCGAGCACAUAUUAUUUGACCACAAUCAAUUGUCUGGUCCUAUCCCGCCUGAGCUUGGUGGCAUCGCAACCCUCAAAAUCAUCCGAUUAGACAGGAACAAUUUCACAGGAGAAGUUCCAGCCAACAUCAGCAAGCUAGACAACCUAAAUCUCCUCAAUUUAGCAAACAACCAGCUGAAUGGGACAAUACCAGAUCUCAGUAGCCUGAGCAAACUAAACGUGGUGGACUUAAGCAACAAUUUGUUCGAUCCAUCAGUAGCACCGAACUGGUUCUCAACUUUACAGUCUCUUACUUCAGUAGCAAUAGAAUCUGGAGGACUCUCCGGCCCAGUUCCCAAAAGGCUCUUCACCCUAUCCAAUCUGCAGCGAGUUAUACUAAGCAACAACGCACUGAAUGAAACACUAGAGAUGACUGGCAACAUCACCCAACAACUGAAGAUUGUGAAUCUCCUUAACAAUCGCAUAUUUGCAGUCAACAUAACACCAAGCUACAACAAGACCCUUGUACUUGUGGGGAAUCCUGUGUGCUUGGAUUCAGAUUCCUCGAGUCGCUUCUUUUGCAGCCUUCAGCAAGAGGGCCUGAUAUCAUACAGCACCAAUAUAACCCAAUGUGGUUCAACCACAUGUUCCGGUGAUCAAAGUCUAGACCCUGCAACUUGCAGUUGUGCCUAUCCUUACACAGGCAAGAUGAUCUUCAGAGCGCCAUUGUUCGCUGACCCGAGUGACAGAACGACUUUUCAGCAACUGGAAACUAGUCUCUGGAAAGAGCUGGGACUGCACCCUGGUGCAGUUUUCCUUUCUGAUAUCUAUUUCAGCAGUGAUGACUACCUCCAAGUCCAAGUGAGCCUCUUUCCAUCAACAGGGACAUCUUUUGCUACGUCAGAACUGAUAAGGAUUGGCUUUGCUUUUAGCAACCAAACUUAUAAGCCACCAAAUAUUUUUGGACCUUAUUACUUCAUUGGAGAUACAUAUGUCUCAUUUUCAGGUGGUGCUGGCAGUGGGAAAUCUCAAAUGAGCAAACGUGCUAUAGCUGGAACUGCAGUAGGCUGCAGUUUUCUUCUGCUUGCCCUAAUGUCCGGGGCGACAUUUGCUAUACUGAAAAAGAGAAGGCCAGAACAAUCAUCAGGACGAGCAAAUCCAUUCGCUUCAUGGGGAGUUGCUCAAAAAGAUAGUGGAGGUGCUCCACAGCUCAAAGGAGCCAGGUUCUUCUCUUUUGAUGAACUGAAGAACUGCACCAACAAUUUCUCAGAAAAUCAUGAAAUAGGAUCAGGAGGCUACGGAAAGGUUUACAAGGGAACGAUUGAAGAUGGAACAGGUGUUGCAAUAAAAAGAGCGGAGUAUGGAUCAAAGCAAGGUGCGGUGGAGUUCAAGAAUGAGAUUGAACUGCUGUCCAGGGUUCAUCACAGGAACCUAGUAAGCCUGAUAGGAUUUUGCUAUGAACAAGGGGAGCAGAUGCUGGUGUACGAAUAUGUUUCUAAUGGUACAUUGCGAGAGAACUUGCAAGCAAGGGGAAUUUACCUGGACUGGAAGAAGAGGCUCAGGAUUGCUCUUGGCUCAGCUAGAGGACUAGCGUAUCUUCACGAACUUGCUGAUCCACCUAUUAUCCACAGAGAUAUCAAGUCCACAAAUAUCCUUUUGGAUGACAAUCUUAAAGCAAAGGUUGCUGAUUUUGGUCUGUCGAAGCUAGUUGCGGAUACCGAAAAGGGACACGUUUCUACUCAAGUCAAGGGAACACUUGGCUAUCUGGACCCCGAGUACUACAUGACGCAGCAGCUAUCGGAGAAGAGCGACGUCUACAGCUUCGGUGUCGUCAUGCUUGAGCUACUAAGCGCCAGGUUGCCCAUAACAAAGGGCAGAUACAUCGUCCGGGAGUUCAGGAUUGCCAUAGAUCCCAACGAGCACGACUACUACGGCUUGCAGGGCAUCAUCGACCCGGCCAUCCACGACGCCGCCAAGUCCGCCGGGUUCAGAAGGUUCGUGCAGCUGGCCAUGGAGUGUGUGGAGGAGUCGGCUUCAAAACGGCCCACGAUGAGCUCGGUGGUGAAGGAAAUCGAGACGAUGCUCCACAAUGAGGGCCUGAGCUCAUCCGGCUCGUCUGUCACGGAGUUCGAGCACGCAGGGCAAGCCACCGGAGGCCCAUACGGCGGUGCGGUGGUUGUGACCGGAUCGAGCAGCAGCAGCAGCAUCAUAUCGGAAGAACCAUCCCGGUCCCACCGUGGAACUCGGCACUAA